UCCGAAUAUUUUUUCAGUGUUUGUGCGUGACAUUUUUUGCUGCGAUGGAAUUUUCAUCCUGAAAAUCACCAAAAUUAUAUAAAAAUGCUUUGAUACCACAAUAGCCCAUUACAUUUAGAUUGUACUUAUAUUUUUGUGAAUUCUUCAUUUUCUUAAAGGCUACCUACGCUGCACGACAGCUAUUCAAAAUGAGUUUGGUCGGGAAAAAGUGCGAAUCAAUAUCACUAAUUGAAACAAGUAAAGACGACGUAAUUCCUUGUGAAAUUACUCCAGAUGAUGUGUUGAGACUGGACAGGAUCACUGAUACAUAUCUCUGCAGUCCGGAGGCAAAUGUAUACGACAUAGAUUUUACAAGAUUUAAAAUCCGUGAUUUGGAAAGUGGGACAGUACUCUUCGAAAUUGCGAAGCCCCCGACUGAUUUUGGCGUGGAUAAUGAAAGCGCUGAAGACGCACCAGAGGAACCUCUGGACCCAAACGCGGGGAGAUUUGUACGCUAUCAAUUUACACCACAAUUUUUAAAACUAAAGACUGUUGGGGCCACUGUGGAGUUCACAGUUGGUGCUCGUCCUGUAAACCACUUCAGGAUGAUUGAGAAACAUUUCUUCAGGGACACUUUGCUCAAGACAUUUGACUUUGAGUUUGGUUUUUGCAUUCCAUUCUCAAGGAACACUUGUGAACACAUAUAUGAGUUUCCUACUCUCCCUCCUGAUCUUGUUGAAGAAAUGAUAGCAGCACCAUUUGAGACCUGCUCGGAUAGCUUCUACUUUGUUGACAACCACCUGGUGAUGCAUAACAAGGCUGACUAUGCUUACAACGGGGGCCUUAACAAUUAAAUGGCAACACUGCCUUCUUUUCUUAAAAAUAACAAUUGGCACUUAAUGUUCUAUUUCCUUAUACAAAAUGAAACAAUAAGUCAUAUGUUUGUAAUAAUUGGCACAAAGUUAUGUUAAAAAAAGUAUAUGGAGUGCUAUUAAUUAAUUGGAGAGGUAAUUUUUGACAAACAUUCCAUGACAUUCAUUCAAUAUUAGGUACAAAUGUAAGCUGAGUAACUUUAUGCAACUAUUUGUGAUGUUUUUAAACUAUUUUUGAAUGUGUUUGUCUAUUAAAUGUUAUAGCCACUUAGUUAUCACAAAAGGCACCUAAAGUUUGAUGUUCACCAAUUUUUUUCUCAGUGUGAAACACUUUUUAAGUAUAGACAUGUAAGGGGUGCUUAGAUCUGAUGAUAAAUUCUAGUCAUUGAUUUAUUAAGUUCAAGUAUCAACGAUGGAGUGACUUUUUUUUAUUUGUUAUCUUAAAGAAAUGAACAUGACAAAGUUGGAGUUUGGACACAAUAACAAAAAUAUACAGGGAAUGGAAAAUUGGUGAGAGAAUUAUAAUAAAUAAAAUAAAUUUCUUUAUCGUCUAUUUUUAACUUAUAAAAAGACGGCGAAAAGAGCUUUUUAAAUAUUGGCUUUAACUCUUCUAUUGAAAUAAUUUAACAACUCUAAAGGAUCUCAUUUUUAUGCCGUCCAAAGACUUGUUUAUUUAACAAGUGCCCUUGCUUUAAAAUGAAUGAAAACAAAAAUACGAACUAAAAUGUGUUCACUAUUUAAAAUUUAACCAUUUUGUUGAGUUUUAAGUGUGUACUUUACAUUAUAUAUUUGGCUGUAUACUAUAAUGAAAUUUAUUUAUGUGUGUAUAAAUUCUUAAAGCUGUGAAAUAUAAAAUAUAAAGUAGCGGUCAUGAUCCUGUAUCAGUAGAAGAAUAUACAUGCUUAAAGUUAUUGAUAUUAUAUACAUACAUAUAUUGUUUUAUUGUGGAGAUCAAUGUUUUACUUAGUAUAACAGAGUUGUAUCUGCUAGUCAGCCAAAGGGCCAGUUUUAAAACUGAGACUAAUCUUUUUGUGUGUUAGCAUCUAUUUAGAAUAGGGGUAGCGACGACAGAAAACUUUCGAAACUUCGGAAAAUUACUUAAACUGUAUCCAUUUUAAAUAUAUAUUAGAGCAUAUUUAUGUAAUAGUUUAACUUUGUUACAACUAUCGACAUUUGUAUAUCAAAUUGAAGUAGCAAUUUAUAACUCAGGCAGUGUCAUGUCAGUUUUUAUUAUCCGUUUGGUACAUAAUGUAAUGAUGGCUCGUCGUUAGCCCGUAAUGAUAAUUACUGUUUAGGCAAUUUAUUUACAAUGUCACGGACGUCACUACACUAGUUUUAUCAAUAAAAUAAAAACAAAACAAAA